UUUUCAUUUUAGUUAAACAACGACAACUCGAACAGCAUCAGUUAAGCUGAAGUGCAGUUCAGAAUGAAGAUCAUCAUCACCUUCUAUCUGAUCACAGGGCUAGUGAGCAGCACUGAUGUGAUUGGCUACUCUGGGGGUAGUCUCAUCAUGGUCAGCUUCCAAAGCCUGAACCAACUGAAGUAUUUUUGCAAGUUGGCAGAAGAUGGAUGCAAAAAGGAAAUGUAUUUUAGUGCUCAAGCAGACACUGUUAAUGAAGGAAGUUUUUCACUGUAUGAAAAUACUCAAGAAUAUUUCACAAUGUUACUUAGAAAGCUGAACCCACGAGAUGCUGGAAUAUACAGAUUUGCAUGGGAGAAUUGGUGGCCUCAGGAAAUCAAACUGCAAGUCCAUGAAGAUGAUUGUUGUGUGAAGUCAGUGACAAUGACUGGACAUCUGAACAAGGAGAUCAGCAUCAGCUGUGACUAUACAAAGGAGCAUAAGGGAAAAAGGAAGUAUUUGUACAAACUGAAAGGUCACUCACUUGAUGUGGUGAUUUAUACUUCUCCUGGUGGAAACUACAAGAAAAAUUAUUUUUACAUCACUGAUGAUCAACAUUUAAACCUUAUCACUGUGAACAUCCGUGAUUUGAAAGAAGAGGAUGGUGGGGUUUAUUUCUGUGGCACACAGACCUGGGCUUAUCCAACUGUACUCAUCUCUACAAUCAAAACUGUACAUCUACAAGUUACUGAUAAAUUUCCGAGUUCAGUUAGAGUGACUGGCUUCUUAGGAGGACGCGUCAUGAUGAAGUGUCGACACCCUCUGGAAAAGCCUAAAGCCAGAUUCCUCUGUAGGGAAAUGGAAGGGGAAUGUACAGAGAAGACAUACACCAAUGUCCAGAAUGAAUGGCAGCAGAAUGGAGGAUUUUCUCUGUAUGACGACACCAGUGGAGAGUCCUUAAUGGUGUUCUUCAGAAAUCUGUCAGAAGGGACCUACAGGUGUGGAGUGGACGUAUCAGAGUUUACUGAGCAGUACACAGAAGUGAAAGUGGAAGUGAAGGAAGAUCCUUGUUGUGUGAAGAUCAUCUCGCAGGCUGGUUAUAUUGAUGAAACUCUCACAAUCAGCUGUGAACACCCACCGAUACUCAGAGCCAAUCUAAAGCACUUCUGCAAAGAGGACGAGAAGCUCAUCUGCCAAGACAUCAGAGCUGCAGGGAAAUAUUCGUUAUCUGACCACAGCCAACCAGGACUCUUCACAGUGACCAUCAGCAAUCUGACCCUCAGUGAUGCUGGAGUGUACUGGUGUGGAGUAGAGACCAGAGAAUGGAAUAUUAGUCACACUUCCCUGACCACAAAAGUGCAAAUCAGUAUUAUCUCCAGCAAAGUGAUCGGAAGUGAAGGAGAUGCUGUUGAGAUCAGAUGUCCUUAUGACUCAAAGUAUAAGCAGAAUUCAAAGCAUGUCUGUAAAGACGAGUGUUUUACUGAACACAGUGAUUCUCUAACUGCUCAACAGUCGACUCAAAACAAGACAGAGAGAUUCUCUGUACAUGAUGACAUCACGGCUGGAGUCUUUAGUGUGAAUAUCAGCAGAGUGACAGCAGAGGAUGCUGGGAGAUACUGGUGUGGAGUGGAAACAGGAGACGUCUUGAUGAAUUAUCUCUCCACUGAACUGCAGGUCGUCAGGAAAGAAAGUGUGCUUCAGGUCUUUGGACAAGAAACACUCAGUGUCUCCAUCAAGUGCAGCUACAGAGGAGAGUCUACAGAGAGUGAUGGGAAAUUCCUCUGCAUGGGGCAGCAGCUGUCCAGCUGUGAGAAAGGUGGAGUCAAAGUUUCAUCAGAGAAAAACAGAACUGGCAGAUUCUCUCUGAGUGAUGAUGCCCCUGCUGGAGUCUUCACUGUGACCAUCACAGAUCUGAGAGAGGAGGAUUCUGGGACGUACUGGUGUGGGGAGGAAAGCUUUGGAUCCACCAUCUACACCGAAGUGCAUCUGCAUGUUUCCAAAGGUCCUGUUCCAUCUGUGAUCAUCACUGUGUGUGUCUGUGUGGUUCUACUGCUGAUUGGAGGAUCAACACUGAUCUACUACAAACUGAAACACAAAAAAACACAAGAUCUUGUCAAUCUCAUUUGUUCUCAGGUUUCUCCUGCGGCCUGUGACUAUGAGGAGAUUAAUCACAGCGGACAGCAUCCUGACACCAACGUUUAUAUGAACACUUCAUCAUCCACUGACCGCUCUGAUAAGAACAAAGCCAUUAGCAUGGCCAAGCCUCAAGAGCUUCUGGAGGCCAACGCUAGCCAGUAG